GGAGUGACGCGUACAGCCAUCAAGUACUGUUUUGCUAUUUUCCUCAGACAUUCGAAUGCUGCAGUUACAAUGUAGCACUCAUUGACUCGACGCGUCAAUCCUGCUCGCGUCGACACCUACCCCUCUUCGUAGCCACGGCAACAUUGCCCGAGGUGUGAGACUGCAUGCAAGUGAAUAAUUGACACUUCUACUAGAGCAUUCGAGACAGAUCCCGAAUAGAUCAAUUCGGAAUCACGAUAUCACACAAUCUCCAACAUGUCGAACGCACCGCCUCUUCCCACCUCCAAUGCCGGUCCACGUCCCUCGGCAUCCGGCCGCGUCCCUCCCAUCGCCAGGCCAUUCGUGAGCGAGCGAGCCGCCAAGUUCCUCGACACCAUUGAGAAGUGGGUCAAUGAAGAAUGUAUACCAGCCGAUCAGGUCUACGCCGCUCAGGUCGGUACCGGUGAUGACCGCUGGGAUGGACACCCUUCGAUCCUCGACGAUUUGAAGCAACAAGCUCGUAAGCUGGGCCUGUGGAACAUGUUCCUGCCCAAGAACCAUUAUGCAAAUCUCAGCGAAUAUGACACUUAUGGAGGAGCUGGAGGGUUUACAAAUGUCGAAUAUGGAUUGAUGGCCGAGCUGCUCGGACGAAGCAAGAUCGCUUCCGAAGCAUGUAAUUGCGCUGCACCUGAUACUGGCAAUAUGGAAGUGAUUGCUAGAUAUGGUUCGGCAGAGCAGAAGAAGAAGUGGUUGACACCUUUGUUGGCUGGUGAAAUCAGGUCAGGUUUCUUGAUGACAGAACCAGACAAGGCCAGCAGUGAUGGCAGCAACAUCAGCUUGAGCAUCCGCAAGGAGGGUAACGAGCUUGUCUUGAAUGGAAGCAAGUGGUGGAGCUCAGGUGCCGGCGAUGAUCGUUGCAAGAUCUUUAUCGUCAUGGGUCUUAGCGAUCCCAACAACCAGGACAGAUAUGGUCGCCAGAGCAUGGUGCUGGUGCCGAGCGACACAAAGGGAUUGGUCAUCCACCGCAUGCUGAGUGUGUACGGAUAUGAUGAUGCGCCACAUGGACACGGCCACAUCUCCUUCAACAAUGUUCGCGUGCCAUUAUCGAACCUCGUUCUCGGCUUCGGCAAAGGCAAUGAAAUCAUGCAAGGUCGACUUGGACCAGGCCGCAUCCACCACGCUAUGCGAUCAAUCGGCUCUGCAGAAGUUGCACUCGAAUGGAUGAUCGCCCGUCUCAACGACGACCGCAAAAUUCCUUUCGGCAAGCCCCUCCGCGAGCACGGUGUUCUCCUCGAAUGGGUUGCCAAAUCCCGCAUCGAAAUUGACGCAGCUCGCCUCGUCGUCCUCAACGCCGCGAUCAAGAUUGAUCAAGGUGACGCCAAAGCCGCACUGGUCGAGAUCGCGCAAGCGAAGAUUCUUGUCCCGACUAUGGCCUGCACAGUUAUCGACCGCGCAGUCCAAGCACACGGCGCGAUGGGUGUGUGUCAAGACACUCCUCUCGCCAACAUGUGGGCACACAUCCGAACGAUCAGAAUCGCAGACGGACCAGACGAGGUGCACUUGAACCAAAUGGGCAGGAGAGAAAACAGAGCGAGAGCCAAGGAAUGCAUCGAGUUGAUUCAGAAGCAGGAGAAGCGUGCUGCAGAGCUGUUCAGGAAACACGGUGUAGAAGACAAGCAGCUUGGUGGGCGGAAAGUGAGAGGCGUGCAAGGCAUGACGAGGUCAAAGUUGUAGAUGUUGGACUGUAGCAGUUUGCGAACUCCCAGAUACCUCGAAACUAUCAUAUCACAGUCGAAACUACAACAUAUCAGUCCAUGGUCGUCAGCCUUGCAUUCUACAUGUCCAUGUCCUGCACUAAAACUAAAUGUAGUCACACCCCAAGAUUAG